AUGAGUUCGACGUACCCGGCGCCGACGCAAGGACUCGCUUUCCCGCCGCCGUUAUCACUCCGCGGGCCAGAUGUCCCGAGGCAGGGUGGGUUCCAGCCCAACGGACCGGCGAUGAUAUCGCGUGCACCGACGUGGGAGGAGCCAAGCCGGAAUCCCUACAGGGCUCACUCGACAAGCUCGUCGAUAAGUGAGAGGAAGCCGUGGGUCGACGACGAGAAGAGGCAGGUCCCUGCCCCCGUGGGUCCCGACUCGGACCUCGAGAAGUUGGUCGAGAAGCAGGAGCAGCCGCAGGACGGACGGCUUCUCACAACACCACCCGAUGCUCCUCGCCCCAAGAUACCACUGAGGCAUCGCAUAAAACACUUUACUUGGGCUUGGUACACGUGGACGAUGGGCACUGGAGCACUGGCCCUUUUGAUAAUAGCGCAGCCGUUCCAGUUCCCAGGCCUCAGGAGCAUCGGCCUUGCCGUCUACAUAUUCAACCUCAUCUUGUUCUCCACCAUCACCUUGACCAUGAUCAGCCGGUUCGUCAUGUUCCCCGGCACUUUUGGAAAGUCGAUACGACACAAAAAGGAGGGCUUCUUCGUCGCCACCGCGUUUGUGUCCGUGUCCACAAUGAUAAGUGGCGCACACAGAUAUCUCAUUCCAGAAAACGACGCCACUUUGAACACACUGAUCCAGGUUAUGUUUUGGGGAUAUGUCACCAUCUCCAUGAUCGCCACCAUUACACAAUACAGCUACAUAUUUACGACUCACCAGUACGGACUCCAGACCAUGAUGCCCGCGUGGCUCCUGCCCGUCCUGCCCAUCAUGUUGGCGGGCACCAUCUCGUCGGUUAUUUCUGCAACGCAGCCCAGCAUGCAGGCCACGUCGAUUAUAGUCGCGGGCCUGCUAAGCCAGGGCCUGGGCAUGAUCAUCAGCCUUUUGAUAUACGCCCACAUGAUCGGCCGCCUUAUGUCCAGCACGUUCCCCGACCGCGAAGCCCGACCGGCGCUCUUUAUCUUGGUCGGCCCACCGUCCUUUACAGCCCUCGCCUUUAUCGGUAUCGCCAACAACAUCCCCGCCGACUUUGACAUCCGCCUUAGCCCCGUUCCGAUCCUGCCCGGACAGCCUGGCGUCACCGAAAAGGCCGUCAUCCAGAUCAUGGCCUACGUCGUCGGCACCGCGCUUUGGGGCCUGAGCCUGUGGUGGUUCUCGAUCGCCCUGACGGGCGUGCUGCGCGCACCGCCCAGGUACUUCCAUCUCCCCUGGUGGGGCAUGAUCUUCCCCAACGCCGGGUUUUCCUUGGCAACCAUAACGUUGGGCAAGUCCUUUGGCAACACCCAGAUCCAGAUACUCGGCACCGUCAUGUCGAGCCUCGUGGCGCUGCUGUACUUGUACAUCUUGUACAAUCACAUCAGAGCUCUUUUGAGAAGGGAGAUUAUGUAUCCUGGUAAAGAUGAGGACACGGACGAUUGA